AUGGGCUCCGGGGCCGUGGACUCGUCCCAGUGGCUUUCGGUGAAGGAGGAAACCAUUUUUCUCCACGAUGGACUCAUUCGGGUGACUGAUUUGGCCGAACUCCCCAGUGAAAUUGGAGUGUCGGAGCAGGGGGACACCGAGCAGGAGAUUCUGACAUUUGAAACGAAGAACCCAGCUGAGCUGGCCGAGCGUCUACGGGCAGUCUGUGGGAAUCAAAGUAAUGCUUAUGCCCGCCUGUUGGAAUACAGACUCAAUGCUCUGCGUGGCCUGUGGGGGGCACAGCGGCAGCUGGCCCUGGAGGAGCAACAGGAGCGAGAAGGGACUGGGGGUGCUGAUGAGGAGACCUUGGCCUUGCUCAAAAGACAAGGUCUGCUCCAGCAGCCCGAGCAGGCUCCCUUUACCUCCCGUGUCGGUCUGCUGUUGGUCUUCCCCCUUCUUCAGUCACAGACCCGCAGUGACCCGGCUCUCUGUGGUGUCACGGCGGAGGUGCUGCUGGCCUGUCUCCGGGAUUGCCAGCCGCUCAGCCUCAUCAAGGAACCUGCCGACUGCCUGAAUGGCCUGGAGGGGCUACUUUGCUCCUGGCUGGAAGACGGUGCUCAGGAGUCUGGCCAAACACAAAGAGUGACACAGAUGCAGAUUCUCCGCACGCCCAGACAUCGGGAAAAUGCUGCUGCAGCAUUGGUUGCACUAGCCUGUGCCAGAGGAUCUCUGAAGACUUUCAUCCACACAGUGCAUCUACUUCAGAAACAAUCGGAUCUUGGACAGCUCCCAGUGUCAGAUGUCCUGUACAGGCUUUUACUCUUGGAAGGAGGGCCGGGCUCUUCAUCCUGCCUGCUGGGUGGGAAACACAGUGUGUCCUGGGGUUUUGAGGAUAUGUUACCUACACCUGAUAACUCUGCUGGAGGAGCUGAAAAUAAAGACACAGACCUUGGGCGCUGUCUUGCCACAGAUGGACUCUAUCUGUACACCACUAACUCCUCUGGGAGAGGACUCAGUAAGCUUGGCUCUGGCUUACAUGGAACACUGAGGGGGUUUGUUUACUGUCGAAAUGAGGAGCUUGAGCCUGGUUGGGUGGUGUAUAGUAGUGGUCGCCUUCUCCACCGCCCUUCUGCCUUUGAUGCCAAGCCUCAUCAGCUGUGCCAGGUCAUCGACCCCUUCACUUUACAGGUUUGCCAGAUUGUACCCAUGCCAGCCCAUCACUUUCCUGUGGGCAGCAGCAUGACUACACUGCAUCUCUGCUCCGAUGGAACCUACCUAUACUGGGUUUGGUCCCCGGCCAGCCUCAAUGAGAAGACCCAGAAAGGCCACUCUGUUUUUAUGGACGUUUUUCAUCUUUCCACACAGACAGGACUGUGUGUUGCAGACAUCUUGCAAGAGAGAGUUAUUCUGACUCGUAAAGAAGGCGAGUCUUCCAAGUGCUUGAAUGAGCUUCUUUUGAGUCGAAUGUCUCGCUUCCGGGCCUCACAUUCUGCCACAUUGGCUGCUCUCACAGGCUCUACCAUCACCAACCCUGUGAAAGAGGAGCAAUCUGCUGUCAACACAAGCUGUGGACUCCCGCUGAAGACUCUGAGGAAGACUCCAAUGUAUGUCUGUGGAACAUACUUAGUGAUGCUGGUCCCACCUCCUGGUGUAUCUGGGAGCUCUGCGACUCGCUCUCUGUUUGGCGGCACCAGCAGCCUGUCCUCUUUGAAAAUAUUAGCCUCAAGCUUAGUCUUCAACCUUGCUGAUGGCCAGUUCAGCAGUCGCGCUGAUCUCAUUGAUGCUCCUGGCAGCUCCCUAGGCAGAGGAGCCCAGGUGGCAGGACUGGGAGCAUGUUACGAUGCACUGAAUAACUUGAUCUGGACUUGCUCUAGUGAUUACAUAGAUCAGUGGUGUAACCCGGGGAAUCAAGCCUUUCAUCAUGUAUGCCAUAGGCUUGGUGUAAGCCAUGUCAUAAAAGAACCCAAAGAAGAAAUGGUAGACACAAGUGAGGUGAUCAACCAGCUACUUCAUCAUGUAGGUGCAAUGUGUGUCCACCAACUUAACCUGAUAGCAGCCAGCAGUAACAGCCUACCCUUGGGUGUCCUACUGGGUAAACAACAUCCUAUUGAAGCCAGUCACUUUAGCAGCAUCUGCGACAUAAUGGAGAAGGCCAUGGUCAAUGGAGAUACCAGUAUUAUCCGCUGUAUUUUGGUAGUGUUCCAGGUUGUAUUUAGGUUUUUCAAUCCUCAGUCAGAACAAAACAGAGAAAAUGUACAUAGAGCAGGCCUGCUCUUGUGGCAGUUACUAAUGGCUCCAGUUGAUCAAAUAGGGGCUGAGAUUCAGAGAGAGGUGUGCCUGGCCAUUAGCUCAGGACUGAAUACUUUGUAUCAGGGCGAGGCUGAACUCAACAAACUACUGAAACUUGUUCUAAGUGAAGGUGAAAGGAACAGUGGGUUAUCCCAGCUCCGGGAUGUCAUUCUCACCAAUAUGGCUGACCAACUGCAGAAAAAUCGGUUUGGAAGUGAAGAAGAUGACCAUUACAGGCUCAGUGAUGACCUUCUGCAGUGUAUCCUUAAGACUGUAGUUCGAGAGUCCUGCCUUCUCAUUACCAAAUGUCAGACAGUUGCACGAGAUGACUUUCAGAAGUUGCUCUCCACAGUGCCAGUGGUCUCUCCUUGUCUGCGCUACCUCAUGGCUGUUCAGAACCACCUUCUCAGUAACACUGUUCUUAUUCGUCCGGAUGAUAGUGAUGACAGUGACAGCUCCCUACAAGGGGAAACAAUGAAGGUACAGGAGCUUCAAGGCAGUAUUCUCUCCUUAGCAACCAAAAUCCUGGUGGGAUGUGAUGAGGCACUGGAGACGUUACAGUGGGUGACAACUGCUCUCAUUAACAGCGAAAUUCCUGACAAGGAAACAAGGUUGAAAGGUCUGGAGCAGGUAACUAAGGCCACGAUGCUGGGACACUUACUGCCAGUGCUGCUGACCUCUUUGAUGCAUCCCAACCUGCAAACCCUCACUCUAGCUGAUGCCCUCAUGCCUCAGUUGGUGCAACUGGUUCUAUACACCAGUCAGACAGCUCUGUUACUGAAGACUCAGUCUCCGCUUUUCUCAGAGGAGCCACUUUUGGGGGGCUGUGUUGGGCAGGGGAUGAAGACCUCUGCCGCUGAUGACAAAAUUCUUGAUGAACGUGAGGAGCCAGGAUUCUUGACAGGACUGAAGAUCCCUGCCCCUUGGGCUGCUGGGAAGACAGUGGAAACUGUUCACCCUGUGCGAGACAACUAUAAAUUCAAGGAGACUGUGCACAUUCCAGGGGCUCGCUGCUUGUACCUUCGCUUUGAUUCCCGCUGCUCUUCUCAAUAUGAUUAUGAUAAGUUGGUUAUUUAUGCCGGGCCCAACACCAACAGUCGUAAAGUAACAGAAUAUGGAGGAAACACUUUAGGUUAUGGCAGUCGCAGCGUUUUGGGGACAGGAUGGCCAAAAGAUCUUGUCAAGGUUGAAGGUGACACAGUGACUUUCUCCUUUGAAAUGAGAAGUGGACGAGAGCACAACACCCCUGAUAAAGCCAUGUGGGGUUUUUCUUGCACUGUUAGAGCACAGGAAUCAUCUGAGGAUGUCUCUGGAGGCCUCCCUUUCCUGGCAGACCUGGCACUUGGCCUGUCAGUGCUAGCUUGCUCAAUGCUGCGCAUUCUUUAUAAUGGGCCAGAGGUGACAAGAGAGGAGGAUGCCUGCCACGAUUUGCUUUGCUCAAAGCUUCUGCAAAGGUGUCAGUGGCAGGUGGAAGCAAACGGCGCACUCUCUCCCGCCCUCACUCCGAGCCCUUCACCUCUGCCUCUAACCAUCGAGGAGGACCGAGAGUUCACCUACCCUGUUGAUGUACUCAUCCCGCCUCCAGGUUUUACAUCUGGCACCUACUUUGACUUGCCGCGCAUACGCCUCCCUCCUGGCAUCAUGGGAAAGUUGCGAGAGGUGUCUGGAAGAGCUCGCCCACAGUUUCGUCCCAGCAUUAAAGAGGUGAUCCGGCCAGAUGUCAUGGAGGAGGUUAUAGUGUCAUGUGUCAUAAAGCAUCUCAGCUUGGUGGACGGCUUGCAGUCACUUUUCAACUACCAAUACCGUGAAGAGCAUGCAGAAGAGUUUGACCUGGUUUGUAAGAUCAUGGGAGAGACCUUCAAGAAGAUUAAUGCGAUGGAACGUCAACUGCAGAGUGUAGCAGAAUUGGAGCAGAAAUGGCAGAAUGAGGUAGAAGAGGCCCAACAGGGAAAGCUGGAGAACAACACCCCUUUCUUUCAUGACUACCAUUUCUUUGAGAAUAAGAUUAAAGAGCUUGAACUACUUUGCUCCCUGAAAGAAGUCUCCCUUGAUUUUAGUGAUUUGGAAAAUGUGGUCCUUGGAUUGAGGCAAAAGUUCUUUCAUGAGGUAAACACCAUGCACCUUAAAAGUAGCACUCCGCUAGCUAAAACUAAGGCACUGGUAAAGAGUCUGAUGAAUCGUACCGCACUACUGCUACAUGUUACCAUUGCACCACAUUGCCGAAGCUUAACCACGACACCUACCGGAACACCUGGCCAAGCUUCCAAGUCUGUGUCUGAUGCCAAAACUGUAAUCUCCAUUGUGAAGCAGCCUGUCUUCCUGCGCAGCAUGUCUGCACCCUCUGAUUUAGAGAUGAUUGCAAACCAGGACCUGGAGUUCACACAUGCUACCCAAAGGAGGCGACAUCACCCUACCAGUCAUCGCAGUAGCUCAUUUACACUGCUGCAGUCCGUGGCUGUUGAGGACAGCAGAGACAAGCCAACAUACAGUGUUCUACUGGGUCAGCUCUUUGCAUUUAUCGGCACUACACCUGAUCAAGCUGUGUCAAGCAGCAGUUUCCUGUCUGCUGCUCAGACACGGUGGCGCCGUGGAAGCACACGAAAGCAGGCACUUGUUCAUAUGAGAGAGCUACUCACCGCUGCUGUCAGAGUAGGUGGGGUCACCCACCUGGUUGGGCCUGUUACUAUGGUGUUGCAAGGUGGCCCAAGAAUUGAGGAGCUGACCUGUGGUGGAAUGGUAAAGCAGGUGCAGGAAGCCUUUGGGGAGACAAUGACGUCUGUAGUGUCACUUUGUGCUCGCUACCCUAUUGCUUGUGCCAACAGUAUCGGCUUGCUUUGCACAAUACCGUACACAAGGAGUGAAGAGCAGUGCCUAGUUCGAAGUGGGCUGGUUCAGCUUAUGGACAGUUUAUGUAGCUUGAGUGGUCAGAGGGAGUGCAGCUCAAAUGAAAAGCAAACCAAAAAGCAAAAGGUGGCAUCCAUGGCCUGGGCUGCUUUCCAGGUGCUUGCUAAUCGCUGCAUUGAGUGGGAGAAAGUGGAAGGUGGCUCGACAGAUGGAGUACACUCUGGUUUGGCUCGGCAGGUAUCCAGUCUGCUGACCAAUCAUUUGGCCAGAGCUACUGAGUGCUGUGGGAAUCAAGCAGCUGGCAAUGACGCCUUACAAGAUGUGCUCAGUCUUCUCAAUGACCUUUCAAGGAGCAACAUAGGAAAAGCUAUCCUGAGCCAACCAGCCUGUGUAUCGAAGCUCUUGUCUUUGUUGCUUGACCAGAGACCUUCCCCAAAGUUGGUUCUCAUCAUCCUGCAGCUUUGUCGAGCUGCGCUGCCUCUUAUGAGCGUGGAGGACUGCGGUAAUGUGGCCCUACCCUCAUGGAGCUUUUCUAUGAACACGCUCGAUGCAGAGCAACAAGAUGCGAAUGACCCUGCCUCACGUAUCGCUGCCUUGCUGCUGGCCAAGCUGGCAGACUAUGUGGUACCAGGUUGCCAGACCUUGCUCUCUCCCAGCUCUUCUGAGCCAGAUACUAGUCUCUCUCGCGCCAGUUCCAAAGGAGCUCUGAAGACUGAAGAUAUCGGGGAAGAAGGUGAGGCAGUUGAUGGUAAACUAUCUAUCUUCAUCCACAAGAGAGAGGAUCAGUCAUCACACGAGGUUCUACAACCACUUCUAAGUAGUUCAGAGGGGCGCCCCUUCCGACUUGGCACCGGAGCAAACAUGGAAAAGGUUGUUAAAAUGGACAGAGAUAUGACCAAAAGUGGAAACUGUGAGGUGAUCACAGAGGAAGCAUCUGCUGCCCUGAGAAAGGCCACUAAAUGGGCUCAAUCUGGUCUGAUAGUGAGUGUUAGUCCGCCUGUAGAGACUUUGACUCUAGAGACCGCCGGAGGCAUCACAAGUGGCGAUAAGAAGAAAACUGCUCAAACAUCUGCGUGUAGGGACAGAAACACUGAGUUGGCCAGGUCGGACCCUGUUAGGCCAUUCAUCAGUGGGCAUGUUGCCAACAGUAUGGCUUCUGAGGUUAUUGCUUUGUUGCACAGUCUGCUUACUGCCCCCGAGUCAAACACAGCUCAAAUCUGGACAAGCACUGCUGAAAAAGUGCUUUCCAGGGCACUGAUGUUCAUCCCUCAGUUGGGGAAGUAUGCUGAGAGUAUUUUGGAGAAUGGAAGCAGCAGCGGCAGGAAACUAGCUAAACUUCAGGCCAUUGGGAGGCAAGCGGUUGCUGCACUCUGUGCAUUGGGGGGCUUCAAAGAAACCAUUAAAAUAGGGUCUGAGGUCCAGGUGAUAGGUAAAGGAGUGCUUGGCAGUGUGGGAAUUGUGAUGUCCAUCAAUGAGCAGGAGGGCAUUGCAACUGUCAGAUUCCCCUCUUGCGACUACAGGAGAACGUGCAAAGCCUCAGAUGUGCUGACAGUACCAAUAUCACGCCUAUGUACACCGAGAUCUGAGGCAUUGCCCUUAUACAAGUUAUCUAUCACUGAGAAGGUUGUGCAAGCUGUGCAAUCCAUGCUUCUGCCACAGGAGGGCAGUCUGUCCAUUCACACUUCUCUACCAGCUACUGGAGAUGGAGCUAGUCCAGUAAUGGCUGCAGUUCGCUUGCUUGCUGAAAUCAGAACCAGGGCAUGCCUGGUAAUGGCGCAGCUCUUGGAGGAUAGCUCUUUUUGUGAAGAGUUCAUACAGCAGUGUCCUGCAGCUGUGGAGGUGCUCAACCUGGUUGCUCAAGAAUGUAGUCCUGGAGAGCGUCUUGGUAUCGUUGAGGCUCAGUGUGAAAGAGUGAGAAUGCUUUACCGAGACUGUGCUCGGCCGCCUCCGCCACCACUUCAGACAGACAGACGCCAGCCCAAAGAAAUAACUUGGUGUCCAUCCCGAGUGUUCCCUCCUGUUCGAGCCUGCAUGUUUUCAUCCCGUCUUACCUCCGUUACGUUUUUGGCUGACCCCAGUGCUGGAGGAGGGCUCCCGAGAGGCACCUUCAUUUAUGCCACCUCUCCAGUACCAAUUCAGGCACCUUCUUUUUAUUGGGAGAUAGAAGUUGUCUCCUAUGGAGACUCUGAGGAGGACAGUGGCCCCAUUGUGUCUUUUGGUUUCGCCACUGAGGCCGAAAAGAGAGAUGGAGCAUGGACCAACCCUGUUGGGACAUGUCUGUUUCAUAAUAAUGGAAGGGCGGUGCAUUAUAAUGGCUCCAGUCUGCUCCAGUGGAAGAGCGUUAGGCUCGAUGUCUCUCUAAUUCCUGGUGAUGUGGCUGGAAUAGGUUGGGAGCGUUCAGAAGGUACACCUCCACCCCCUGGCCAAGCCCCAAAAGGACGGGUCUACUUCACCUAUUGUGGCCAAAGGCUUAAUCCCAUCCUUGAAGAGGUGGCGGGUGGAAUGUGGCCUUUGGUUCACAUUCAAAAAAAGAAUUCCAAGAUUCGGGCCAACUUUGGGAACCGUCCUUUUGCAUAUGCUGAAGGCCAAGCACACAGGAAUGCUGCUGACUUGUGUAUAGACCUUGCAGAAGAAAUAAGUGCAAAUUUUGAAGCGUUGCCUUUUGCCAUGGCCUCAGACAGUGAUAAUGAUGCAGGUGCAAGCGUUACAUCUGACUCAGGCUCCCAUGGGCCCCCUUGUCGGAUUGCAGCAGUGGCAGUCCCUCAACAACAAUACAAUAGUGACCUGUCCUGCCAUUACAAGGUGGAGCUAAGCUAUGAGAAUCUGGUCACUUCUGGGCCUGAUCCACACCCUCCGCCUAUUGCAGAUGAUGAGAGUGAUGAUGAGGAUGAUGAUGAUGUCCCCAGGGAGGACCACUAUGCCUUGCUGGUAAAGGCAUGGGAAACCAAAGUGUUCCCCACGAUUAGAAGGAGGUUCCGUAAUGAAGCUGAGAGGAAAUCUGGUCUGGACCAAAUCAAAGGAGCCUUGCAGCUGGGCAUGGUUGAUAUCGCGAGACAGACGGUGGAGUUCUUGUAUGAGGAGAAUGGCGGCAUUCCUCGAGACCUCUACCUCCCCACCAUAGAAGAUAUCAAAGAUGAGGCCAACAAAUUCACUAUUGAUAAAGUUCGCAAAGGUUUGACUGUGGUUAUCCGCUGUCCAGAUAGCAAUAAUACCAACAGCACUACAGGCGGGACGGCACUGCCAAAGUUUGCCAUUCGGGGCAUGUUGAAAACUUUCGGCCUGCAUGGAGUAGUACUGGAUGUCGACUCUUUGAAUGAACUGGUACAGGUGGAAACAUACCUUCGCAGUGAGGGCGUGCUAGUGAGGUACUGGUACCCUAUAGAAAUAUUGGAGCGCCCGCCUGCUGGAUCUCGACGUACUGCAGCCAAUGGUUUAGUCUCACUAGACAGUAGCAACAUUCAGAUUCAUAGGGAGCUACUUCGCUGUGAGAGUGCACUUGCCCGUUUAUACUGCCGAAUGGCCCUGUUGAACAUCUAUGCCCCCAAAAAUCCCCACACUUUUACACGUCUCUUCCACAUACCUGCAAUCCGAGACAUCACCUUGGAGCACCUGCAACUUUUGUCUAAUCAGCUGCUAGCUCCCCCUCUCCCAGAUGGUACAAUCAGUUCUGGUUCCAUCCUUCUGGCCCAGUCAGUGCUUCACAACCUCCAAGACCAAAGCUGCUCUCCUACAGACUUAUUCUACCAGGGCAAUGCUCAGCCCAUCAGAGAGUGGCUGACUGUGGCCAUCACUCGUGCCUUGCAUCAAGGAGAGGAAAGCUUACUUGAGCUAACCAAACAGAUCUGCUGUUUCCUACAGCAUGCGCCAGAGCAGUUUACAUCUGAGGAGUUCCCUGUCACGGAGUCGAAAGUGAGCAUGGACGUCAGCUUUCCAGGAGCUGCAUUUGUGAUUGUAUCAUGUAAGGAGAGCCAACUUGGCUGCCGCAAAGACUCGAGCCUCUACAAGGCUCCAUGGGCAAGAGUAAUGCUCUAUGGUCUGGGUCACAAAGUGCGUAGAAAUGGGCAGCUUAAUCUGAUGGAGGCUGUGUGCUAUCCUUUGGAUGCCUCACCUGCCAACACAGGCCUUACUCCCCCUCCCACGACUAACCAAUACCCCUCUGUCAUUAUUCCAACUGAUAAAGUACACAUCAAACUAGGUGUGUCACCGCCUCCUGGGGCUGUGUUGGUGCUGCAUUCCCUGCCUCUGGAGUUCCCACUGGCCAUGGCGUUUGCUGAGCAGCUGUUGACAUGGAAGCUAGGAGAAAGUAGUGAGCGGUCUGAAGAUGAGCUGGACACAGUGCCGUCUUCUGUGCUGCUACAAGUGGUAGAACUGCUUGGUGGUUUGCUUUGGACCACUGAUCUGGCUCCCUCCAUCAAAGAACUCAUCUUUCAUUUGCUGGCUGAACUCUUGCGGAAGAUUCACCACUUGGAGCAGCGUAAAAGUCCCUCUGGCUUGUCGAGUUCAAUCGCUCUGCUACUUAACCCCUGCCUCGCUGUACUCAUGGCUCUACAGACAGAACUUCGUAAGCUUUAUGAUCGAGAAACCCAGAGAUGGACUGCGGGAGGAGCUGGGUCUGGGGAAUCUUCAUCUGGAGGUGUUGCUUUGGCACUGGCAGCAGAACAGAGUCGGUUCUCCACAUAUUUUCAUGCUUUGAUGGAGGUCUGUCUAGCUGUGACAGAGGUGACUCUUCCUCUCAAUGUUGGUGGUUCUGCAGUCGGAACCUUGACUUCCACCAGUGCACCCAACCUCAGUGAUUCUUCCUCCUCCUCCUCAUCAUCCCCUGGCCAGACGCCACAGAGUCCAAGCCUGCUAUCAAAACGUAAGAAGGUGAAGAUGAAGCGUGAGAGAGCAGCAGCUGCAGUGGCUGCCGUUGUCUCCGGUAAAAGGGGAAGUGGCGGCGCCCGUCUUUCAGAGAGUGACAGCGCACUACUGAACAUGGCGAGUAGUAAACCCGAAGACAUGCUGUGGUUCCACCGCUGCCUCACUCUUCUGAUGAUUCUCCGACAUCUUGCAAAUAAAGAUCCCCAGGGUUUAAGUGUGACAAGCGAUGCCGUGACAGAUGCUUGCCAGGCUUUGGUAGGUCCCACUGCCCAUAGCCGCCUGUUGGUGCUCUCAGGUAUCCCCACACACCUUGAAGAGGCCGUGGUUCGAAAUGCCAUCCGCAGGGCUUGCAACGCACAUGGAGGGCUUUUUAAAGAUGAAGUCUACAUACCCUUGCAGGAAGAGGACCCUAAGAAAACUAAAACAGGGGCCAGGGUAACAAGCCCUCAGGGGGGCAAAGUAAAUGCUGAAACAGAGCGCCCCUUCCCACAGAGCGGAGGUCCUGAGAGUCCUGACAGCUCUAGCAGUGUGACUCCAGCUAUGAGUGUGAGCGCGUCAGCUUCGACCAGCCAGACUUCCAUCUGCAGCUCCUCUCAGGGAGUCUCUCGUACCGCUAGUGAACUUUCCGUUGAUCAGGAACAAUUAGCUGUCCCGGCUGUCAACCCUGCCGCAGCAGCGGCUGCUGGAAACUACCCCCAGCAGGGCUCCCAUGAACCCCAGACUGUUUCUAGUCAGGAGAGUCUGGAUACUUCUCUUUGUAGCACAGGAAGCCUGGGGAGUCUUGGCAGCUUUGGGGAGCCUGUGGAUAGUGCGGAGACACCAUCAGUGUCAGACGGAGGCUCUAUGCACACAGUCACCUCACAGGAAAGCAAUGCAGUCGUGGUGAGGCCGAUCAAAGGUUAUGCUGUCAUUGAGGUGCGUUCUCGAGCCAAAGUGGAAAAAAUACGUGCCAGCCUCUUUAAUAGCAGUGACCUAAUUGGCUUGUCCAGUCUGGAAGGUGAAGAAGAGCUCAUGGAGUUGACCAAUGAGGAGAUCCUCACAGCCUCGAGUGUCAACCAGAGUCUGUUUGACACUCAGGGCAGUUCUGCUCUUGAGGACUAUUUUCUGGACAAGUCCAUCAGAGGUGACAAGCUUGUUCCUGGAGCACGAGAUGUUCUCAUUGAUAUUUUUAAGAGCUGUAUACACUCGGAACAAAUGCUCAGUCUCACACCUGCCAAGCCAGUGAAAGUCUCUGAUAUUUACCUCAGCAAAGAGCAGAUCAACUCUCAGACCCCUGGAAACCUACUACAUACUUUCUUUACUAAUGUACGGCCUCCAAAGAAAGUACUUGAAGACCAACUUACUCAGAUUCUAAGAAAGUAUGGCAUUCCCAAACCUAAUAAGAACAAGUACAGCAAGGCAGGGAAGGAACAGCACCAAGGUAAGGUAGUAAGCACCAAGAGGCCAAUCACCAAACCUCCCACUAAGGAAAAGUCUGUUCUCAAUAGUGUAAGGACUGCGCUUAGUGAGAAAAAGACUGUCCUCAAGCCCAAAUCUCCAGAGAAAUCCAGACCUGAUGAGAAAGAUGUGGAAAAGUCUCCUGCUAAAAAACUUGAAGUCUCAGAGGAGAAGUACCUUACGCUGGAGGGAUUCCAUAGGUUUGCAGUUGAUCGAGCAAAGCAGGACAUCCGUAGUGUCUGGAGGGCAAUUUUGGCAUGUGGCUAUGACCUUCACUUUGAAAGGUGCACCUGCAUAGACACACGUCAUGCCCAGAAGACUUGUCGGAAGUGGACUUUGGAAAUGGACGUUGCAUUGGUCCAAUACAUCAACAGGCUGUGUCGUCACCUUGCAAUCACACCAGCCAGACUACAUCCCCAUGAAGUGUACUUGGAGCCCAGUGAUUGUGUCGAUCCACGUGUGGCCUGCCUGCUUAAUGUGUCUGUAGAGAGCUUGCGUUUGCGUUUUGCUCUGCUUCAGUCCCUCAAUAACACUCUGGAGAGUUUCUUCCUGCCACUGGUGGAGUUAAGACAGACAUGCACUUAUCAGAACAGCAUUGCUGCCUUAUUAUGCGAGGCCAAAGGACUGGUUUACUAUGACACUAAGGUCACAGUAAUGAACAGAGUACUGAAUGCCACAGUGCAACGAACAGCAGACCAUGCAGCUCCAGAGAUUACAUUGGACCCCCUUGAGAUUGUUGGAGGUGAGAUUAGAUCAUCAGAGAACACAUACUUCUGCCAGGCUGCACGUCAGCUCGCGUGCAUGCCGUCGUCACAGCUUUGUGUGAAAUUAGCCAGCGGAGGGGACCCAACCUACGCAUUCAACAUCCGCUUCACAGGGGAAGAAGUUCACGGCACAAGCGGUUCCUUCAGGCACUUCCUUUGGCAGGUGUGCAAGGAGUUGCAGAGUUCAGCUCUUUCUCUGUUACUGCCUUGUCCCAGUGCUGCAGCAAACCGUAACAAGGGGAGGUUCAUAUUGACACCAUGCCCUAUCAGCUAUUCGGAGGAGCAGUUGUUGCACUUCUUUGGUCAGCUACUUGGCAUUGCCAUACGGGCAGACGUGCCCCUUCCUUUGGACCUGCUGAGCUCCUUUUGGAAAGGUCUGGUGGGCGAAGCCCUUGACCCAGAGCAGGACCUACAGGAGGCAGAUAUGCUGACCUACAACUAUGUCAAGAAAUUUGAAAGUGUUAAUGAUGAAGCUGAGCUGGAGGCACUCUGUGCUGAGAUUUCCUCGCAACACCAUUCAGGUGAGAGCCCCGAUUCUCCCAGCAGGCCCUGCUGUUCUUUUACCUACAUCACGAUGACGGGUGAGGAAGUGGAGCUUUGUCAGGGAGGACGGAACCUCACUGUCAGUUGGGAGAAUAAGGAUGUGUAUGCACGGGCAGUACAGAACCUUCGUUUGAGGGAGCUGCAGAAUGUUGAGUGCAUGACGGCAGUGCGUGCAGGGCUGGCCUCCAUAAUUCCUCUGCAGCUACUAACCAUGCUCAGCCCACUGGAGAUGGAACUACGGACCUGUGGCUUGCCCUACAUUAACCUAGAGUUCCUCAAGGCUCACACAAUGUAUCAGGUGGGUCUGAUGGAGACGGACCAGCAUAUUGAGUACUUCUGGACCGCUCUGGAGAUGUUCACUCAGGAGGAGCUUUGUAAGUUCAUCAAGUUUGCCUGCAACCAGGAACGCAUCCCCUUCACUUGUCCCUGCAAGGACGGGGGACCUGACACCGCCCACGUCCCUCCAUACCCCAUGAAAAUUGCACCUCCUGAUGGCGCAGCAGGUCAGCCAGACGCUCGCUACAUCCGCGUGGAGACCUGUAUGUUCAUGGUCAAACUGCCACAGUACACCUCUUUAGAUGUGAUGCUGGAGAAACUACGUUACGCCAUCCAUUACCGCGAGGACCCCCUCAGUGGCUAG